AUGGCAGACUCGGGCAGGGCGAAGAAGCGGGCGGUGGGAGCGGGCGGGCCCAAGCGGACGCGGCGCUCCCCGGAGCCGCCUGCCUUCGACCCGUGGGGGUGGGGGGACGCGGAGUGGGACUGGGAGCUGCCCCCGCCGCCGCGCAAGGAGGGGGAGGAGGAGGAAGACACCUGGAGGGGGAGGGGUCCUCGCAGAGGGGGGAGGGGCCCAGAUCCAUGGGGGGCAGCGAGUCCCCCCCAUGAGGAGCAGGAGGAAGAGCCCGGGAGCGGGAGGGGUUCUCGCAGAGGGGGGAGCGGCCGGGAUCCGUGGGCGGGCGAGAACCCCCCCCAGGAGGAGGAGGAAGAGCCCGGGAGGUGGAGGGGUCCUCGAAGAGAGUUGUGGGGCUGGGAUCAGUGGGGCGGAGAGAAUCCCCCCCACGAGGAGGAAGAGGAAGAAGUGCCCCGCCAGCAGCAGCAGCAGGAGGAGGAGGACCCCUUUAGCAGGAGGAGCCGGUGGGGCAGUCGGGAGAGGGAGCCUCCCUCGUGGGAGCCGUUCCCUGCGGCCAAAGCCCCCCGGAAAUCCCACUGGGGUGGGAGCCCCAAGAGGGAAGCAGGGGUGCGGGUGCUCCUGACGCCGCCAAGGCAGGCCAGCCUGGAGCCGGGGGGCUGGGGAGAGGGGGACUCGGCAAGGCAUGGGGUGAGGGAGCAGCGGCCGCCCCCUGGCAGCCCCCCUCGGGGAGGGAGCUGGUGGGGCGAGCCUGAGAGGAGGGAUGGGGUGAGCCCCGGCCGAGAGGAAAGGGGCUGGGGGAGGCCGGCAGAGGAGGGGCCCCGGGAAGAGGCCACCUGGUGGAGCUCGGAGCACGGGGGGGUCUUGGACAGCCUCGAGCGGCUGGCUUCAGAGCAGGGCGGGGACGAAUGGCGGAACCCCGACUGGGUCAAGGACCAACCUGUGAGCGUCACUCGGGGCGGAAGCCAGAGCGGAGACCCCGAGGCCUGGGGCAGCCCUGAGAUGGAAGAGGAGCUGGGCUGGGGCGCCGGCGAAGAGGACGGCGUUUCCGGCAGCUCUGCGGUGCCGGCGGGCUCGGACGGCACCUGCUCCGCGCCGCAGAAGUGGACGCCCCGCCAGGAGGUGGUGGACUUCUGGGUGAGGGUUUGCCACACCUGCCUGAGCCUCCGGCAGAGGAGGACCCUCAUGUCCUUCUGCCCGCGCCCCACGCUGCCCGACAGGAGCCACGAGACGCCCGCCCUCAACCCCGACUUUGCCAACCUGGGCAACGCGCCGGAGCAGAGGAUGCUGUUGGGCGAUGCCCAGAAACUGGGCUGGCUCCAAGACGAGGUUCUGGACACGCUGGCCCCGGCCAUGAACCUCUACGAGAUGGCCGAAGAGGCCCUGGAGAAGCGGGAGCCUGUCGACCCCCUGGAACUGCGGGGGUGGGCCCAGCGCCUCCUCCGCCUCCUGGGCAGCCUGAGCAACCGGCUGACCCUGCACCGCCGCGUGAAGGUCCUCCGCGCCAUUAACCCCCGGCUGCAGGCCAUCUGCUCCAAGAUGAGCAGCCGCAACAGCGACGGGAUGCUCUUUGGCGAGGACAAAGUCCAGCUCCUGAAGGAGCUGCUGGCCAGGUUCCCCCAGCUCUCCCAGAACCCCACCCCCUACAAGCGGACCCGCAGGAGCCGGAGGAGCAAGGUGUACAGCAGCAGCAACCAGCCCCAAGGCGCAGGACCUCAAAGUGGUGGGAUGCUUUGCUUCAAGGAGGAGUUCCAGCAGACACAGACUGUCUCACAAGGUAUCUGGGCCGGCACAGAUAGCUCCCUACCCGAGACCCAGCCGGGCCAUGCGCUGAACUGGGCAGACUUCGGUUCCUGAUCUGUCGGGGAACGGGGCGGUGGAAAAACCAAUGGCGUCCACUUGCCAAACCCCCCCCCCCCGUUCUCAGGGGCUUAACUGGCCCCACAGACGCCCAGAAGGAACCCCCUCUUACCAAGAGCAGAGGGAACUAUUUUUGCAACAGAAAGUGGGAGCAGAGGGGCCUGGAAGCCGGAAGCGGACCAUUCCUCUCGAUGGAAGAGAUCCCCCAGCGCUUGCCCCCCCCCCCCGCCUGCUCAAGAGUCUGUCCCUUGGCAAGCCAAGCAGGGCCACCAUUGAGCAGUUGGGGGGGCAGCAGGGCAGAAUGGGAUCCCGGGAGCCAAGAAGACGACUCUUUCGAACACGACUCUCCCCAAUCCUCUCUUGACUCUGCUGCAAGACUGUCUGGCCCCCUGGGGGGGGCAAGCUCAAGCAGGGACGGUUUAACACCCCCCCCCCCCAGUGAAAGGCCUCUUGGUUUUUAAGAGAUCAGACAUUCCAUUACAAGAAGAUUUUUUUCUCCCAACGGUGCAAAACAGUUUGUGUUUGAACUUGAUUUUUGUUCUUGAAAAUUUUCUGUGGUUUUAAUUUUUUUUUUGGGGGGGGGUGCUUGCUGGCACCAGGAAAACCUGGACCCCUCCUUUCCCCCCUCCCUUUUCAAUGCCUUUUGCCUUGCAACAGAAGGGGGCACCCUUUUCAACUCUUGGGCUUUCCUGCGUUUUCGUUUCCUGACGGAGGCGUCUUGUGGUGGGGAGUUUCCAGCUGGGCUAAUCCUUUUUUUCGCCUGCUCCCCCCCUAAAAAAAUAAGUUUUCGCCUGGGGGCAGGAAACAGAACCUCCAUGGGACUUUUUUUUUUUUUGCUGACAGUUUUCCCGUGUUGGAUCUCUGACGGACACCCAACCCAAAUUGGCUGCUUGGCUGAAGAAACCACAUCCCGGCGGUUGAGGUCUUGGAGGAGGACCCCCACUCCAGAUUAAGAGGAGCACGCUUGUUCUGUUUCCUGAAGGAUGUUUGAUGGAUUCCUGCAAAGAGGAUCCCUGGGAACCGACCGAUUGCUUUUCGGCUUGCAACCGAAGCGGCCCCUGCGGUGAUCGGAACCGGAGCAAGACCUCGGAAUUCUAUUUCUAAUGGUUGACCUUCUGUAGUUGAAUAAAUGUUGUUUUGCUUUCACAA